GAGGACUAGUUCGCUCGCCUUUUAAAUUCAGACGUUCACAGCAGGUUUCAUUCUGACAGCCGGGACAGGUCGACGACAAGCAACAUGACAACUUACACAGACAAAGGCGAAAAGCACGAGCAGGGCAGGUUCCUCUGCUUUGAUCAUAUCACCUUCUGGGUUGGAAAUGCAAAGCAGGCUGCAUCGUUUUAUUGCAACAAGCUUGGGUUUGAGCCCUUGGCUUACCGAGGUCUGGAGACAGGCAGCCGUGAUGUGGUGUCCCACGCAGUCAAACAAGGAAAGAUCAUUUAUGUGUUUUCAUCAGCUCUCAAUCCUGGAAACAAAGAGAUGGGGGAUCAUUUGGUGAAGCAUGGAGACGGAGUAAAAGAUAUUGCAUUUACAGUGGAGGACUGCGACUUCCUGGUUCAGAAAGCCCGUGAGCGAGGGGCAGUCAUCAUAAAAGAGCCCCACACUCUGGAGGACAAGUCUGGUAAAGUCAGACUAGCCGUGCUUCAGACGUAUGGCGACACCACACACACAUUUGUGGAGAGGAUGGGCUACACUGGGCUGUUCCUGCCUGGUUUCCAUGCCACUCUGUUCAAGGACCCUUUCCUGGCCAGACUACCAGCUGGAAAACUGGACUUUAUUGAUCACGUAGUGGGAAACCAACCAGAUGAUGAGAUGGUCUCAGUCGUAGAAUGGUAUCGCAGGAACCUUCUCUUUCAUCGCUUCUGGUCGGUGGACGACAAGCAGCUUCAGACGGAGUUCAGUGCCCUGCGCUCCAUCGUUGUGGCUAACCACGAGGAGACGGUGAAGAUGCCAAUCAACGAGCCUGCAACGGGAAAGAGGAAGUCCCAGAUUCAGGAAUAUGUGGAAUACUACGGAGGAGCUGGGGUGCAGCAUAUUGCCAUGAACACAUCAGAUAUAAUUACAGCUAUACGUAACCUGAAGGAGCGCGGCAUGGAGUUCAUGUCAGUGCCGGACACCUACUACGACCAGCUGAAGGAGAAGCUGAAACACGCAAAGAUCAAAAUAUCUGAGGACCUGGAUGUCCUGCAGGAGCUGAGGAUCUUGGUGGACUACGACGACAAGGGUUAUUUACUUCAGAUCUUCACCAAGCCGGUCCAGGAUCGCCCCACCGUGUUCUUAGAGGUCAUUCAGAGACACAACCACCAGGGUUUUGGAGCAGGAAACUUCAAGUCUCUGUUUGAAGCUAUUGAAGCCGACCAGCAGGCCAGAGGAAACCUGACAGUCCUCACGCCCAACGGAGAUUUAAAAAGCAUGUGAACCUGCGUAUGAAUAAUAACGUCUGAUCAAGUUCUCACAGGGACGUGCCGCAUCUCUACUCUGAGUGAUGCACACGGAAAGAAUACACCAGCAAAUGUGAUUAUCUGUAUUUCAGUUUUUAUUGCUGAUAAUAAAUUCUUUUAACUUAUAUUUCUUUUGGUAUAAAUGUACAAUUCAUAUAAGGCAAACCUUAUGAAUUUAUAUUACCAAGCAAAUAUCACAAGUUAAAAUGUACAAUGCCUAUAAAAUAUUAACAGGGAAAAUAUUACAAGCUUGACUCAAGCAAAACCCAUUUAAAGCUCUCGUAAAUGAAAACAUGUAACCAUAAU